UAAGAGCGCAGCCCGUUCGAUCUAUGACAAGAUUUCGCGAAACGACUCCGAAUUUUUAAAUUUUUUUUGUUUUGUUUUUUCUCUAUCUUUCCGCUUGGACCGAGAAAAAAAAAUAGAACAAAUCAACUUUGCCAAGUCAUUUUUCCGCACCGAAUGGGGGCAAGGCUAUAUUUGUUCAAGGCUUGUUAUCGUUCCGCUUUCACUUGAUUUGGACUCGCUCGCGUGCCCGACCUCGAUUCCCUGUUCUUUGUCGACCAUUUUCUUUGAUCAAACAACGCCUUGACAAUACAAGAUCAUCAGAUCCAAAUUUUUGAUUGGAUUAUACGGCCCGAUUUUUAUCUGGUUAUUGAUCAAUUCGACCACCAAGAGGCUAGAAAACAAGACGAUACGGUUAAGGAUGUCAACACCUCGCGUCUUCAUAGUCCGCCACGGCGAGACGGAGUGGUCCCUUGACGGCCGCCACACUGGCUCCACGGAUAUUCCCCUGACGGCCAAUGGCGAGAAGCGCGUGAGGGCUACCGGCCGGGCCAUGGUUGGCAACGACCGCCUGAUCGUGCCAAGAAAGCUCGCUCACAUAUACGUAUCUCCUCGUCAGCGUGCCCAGCGCACCUUUGAGCUGCUCAACCUUGGCCUCAAAGACCCUCUCCCAUGGGAGCCUCAUGGCGAGCUUGAGAAGGAUCCUCGUGACUGUGAUACGGCCAAGAUCGAGGUCACCGAGGAUAUCCGCGAGUGGGACUAUGGUGAGUACGAGGGCAUCACCAGCCCAGAGAUCAGGGAAAUCCGUAAAAAGCAGGGUAUCGAGGGGAAAUGGGAUAUUUGGAGAGAUGGGUGUCCUGGUGGAGAAAGCCCCGAGGACAUAACCGCCCGGCUUGAUCGCCUCAUAGCCGACAUCCGUGACAAGUACCACGCGCCGGUGAUGGAAAAGGGAGCAACCGACUCCAAGAAGCCCCAGCCAGCCAGUGACGUGCUCGUCGUGGCGCAUGGACACAUCCUUCGGGCUUUCGCCAUGCGCUGGGCCGGCAAGAGCCUCCAGGAUGGGCCUACUUUCAUCCUUGAGGCUGGCGGUGUAGGCAGUCUCAGCUAUGAACACCACAACGUAUCGGAGCCUGCCAUCCUCCUUGGCGGCGCCUUUGUGAUUGACGUCCCUGAAGCGUCCAAGGACUGAAGAGGUACUUGAUUACAUGUUUGAGCUGGAGGGUGUGUGUGGGCGGACCGAGAGGUCAUACAGUUCGUCGAUUUUCGACCACCCCGAUGCUAGCCGUGGCGAAUAUAUUUCUUCUACCAAUAGUUGUUUGUCGCGGUCAGAAUUUGGAGCAUGUUUCUAUAAACAAAUCAUCCAAGGCGCUGUGCCUAGAUGGUGCAUGACGGCCGGCAACUCAACGUUGGUUGGAUAACAGUUUAAAAUAACCUUAGCUCUUGAUACC